AUGGCCACAACAAUCCAAGUCCCCCAUCUCGGCGGCACAAAGGCCGGAUACGCCUUUGCGCGCGAAUACGACGCCUCCAAGCCAACCUGCGUCCUCGUCAACUCCAUGUGCAUGACAUCGGCGCUGUACAAGCCCCAAUUCGAGAACGAAGAGCUGGCGAGUGCCAUGAAUCUCCUCGCGGUUGAGCCCCUGGGCCAUGGUGCGACGAGCUGCCCGUCCGAGCACUUCACCUACUGGGACUCGGCGAUCAUGGCCCUCCAGGUGCUGGAUGCGUUUGGGAUUCAGAAGGCCUUUGCGCUGGGGACUAGCCAGGGGGGUUGGAUUGUUGCCCGCAUGGCGCUCUUGGCUCCGGAGAGGAUCCAAGGUAUCCUGCCCUUGGGCACGUCAAUGGACUACGAGUCGUCCGACUCUCGGUCCAAGGGAUGCUGGGACCCGGCUUCUCUGCUGACGCCGUUCUACGAGAAAUGGACGAGCGAGAGCGCGACUCCGGACUUUGUGGUGGACGAGGUGUGGUGCGGGAUGGUGGGCUCCGUCGGGUUUGGGGCGUUUGCGACCGAGGAGAGCGGCGCGUUCUGGAAGCAGACGCUGCAGGAGGUGUACCGCGGAGAUGAGGGACGCAAGAAGGUCCGGAUGGCGCUGAACUGCCUGAUUGAGCGAGACGGGCUGCUGUUGAGACUGCGGGACGUCCAGUGUCCGGUCUACUGGCUGCAGGGCACCGACGAUACGCCGUUUGGAACGACCGUUGCAACUGAGCAGAUCAGCCGUUUCACACGGUCCAGGGAGGCCCGACUGCAGAUGGUCGAGGGGGGCUGUCACUACCUCAACGCCACCCACCCAGAGCCCGUCAAUCGUGCCAUGUUGGACAUGGUGCGGAAGUACGCCAGCCUGUAA